AUGAGAACUGGAUAUUUACUCCCCGCCCUUAUUGCAAAGUCAUUAGCUGACGUUUGCCCAGAUUUGAGCAAAGGAGAGAGGUGCCAAUCAAAGUGUUCAGGCGAUCUAGAUUACUGCUCUAGAAACUGCCAAGAUGGUGAUUUUUCAUGUGUUACAAGAUGCCAGGGCGAAUUCCUCGAUUGUACUCAAAAUUGUCCGUGUGGGCCGAAUUGUCCAAUAUGCGACUCGUGUCCAGAAAAUGAAUUUUGUUCUUACAGAGACCUCCUUAUCCUGAACCCAAGACAGGCCGGCAUUGGCAAAGGCCUUCUUAUCGACACAUUUUCCCAAACAUACACGGCCGUGGAUUAUGAUUACGCUUAUCCGGCGAACAUCGAGGACUCCUGCUCUGUCGUUUUCAGAGGAGUGCCAUACGUUUUGGGAAGCUAUUUCCAGUACCGACAAAUCGCGAUCGUCGGCAGAAACGCUCUAGAAGUACAGGACGAAGAGCUCUCGAUUCCGCAUGUUGAUGGAUACUAUGGAUCUUGCAGCGUUUUUGCCGACGCAGUGAGCCUCUGUUUCUAUACAGGAUUGAGCAAGUCUUGCAACUCUUGGCGGCCAGGAGAGGUUCAAGAAGAAUUUGAAAACGAUUCGCAGAUUGCUCAUGAUUGGGCAAGUAUGGUCACGUUUCAGAACCAAUUGGUCACUGUUGGUGGUUGUGCUGGCGGCAUUUGUCAUAAUAAGAUGGAGUUUUUUGACGGAAGCUCUUGGACUUAUGGGCCGGAUCUUUCGGUGGCUGAAAUCUCCGGACAUGUUCUAACCACCGAUCAAGAAUCUAUAUUCCUCUUUGGCGGACAACGAAGAUCUCCCGAAAAUGUAUUACGAUAUCAAAGCGGCCGGUGGACCACGCUUGGGAAGCUAAACGAGUCACGUGUCUGGCUCAGCUCGGCGAUACAACUCGGCCACUUUGUCUACACAGGAAGCUGUCGCUUAGAAAAGGUUGAUGUUAUUGGAAAGUUUUCAACAACGGUUGUCGUUCCCGAUGAAAAUGGAAAAUGUGAUUUGGAUCUGUAUUAUGCGACGAUUUUCGAAUUUCCUUCACAGAUGAUGCAAUAA